AAAAACAGCAGGUAUGUUAUCUGAAGUAAAGUAGCGUUUGUGUGGAAAAGUGUGUCGACAAGUUAUGCCGCCUGGAACUGACUUUCGUGCCCGAUUUCAGCACUUUCUCGAAGAAAGGAUGCAGACGACCAUGCUAACAGGCAUGUUGAUCGGGGCUGUGGUCGCCAUGUUUCUGAUAGGCAUCACUGUUCUCUUUCUCUAUCGCAGAUACAGAUUAUCAAGUCAGCAGAUGGGUACCCCUCGGUACCGCUUCAGAAAAAGAGACAAGGUUCUGUUCUAUGGCAGGAAAAUCAUGAGAAAGGUCCAGACCCUGUCCUCCACACCGUCCUCCACAUCAGUUUCUAAACACCGUCCUAGAAAAAGACCCAAAGUUUUGAGUAUAGCUCGCAGGAUAUUGCGGAUAAAGAAGGAGCCCCCAACCCUGCAGCCUAAGGAGCCUCCUCCAUCUCUGCUGGAGGCAGACCUCACUGAGUUUGAUGUGCAGAACUCUAACUUGCCCUCUGAGGUGCUUUACAUGCUUAAGAAUGUCAGAGUGCUGGGUCACUUUGAGAAGCCUCUUUUCUUGGAGCUUUGUCGACACAUGGUGUUUAUCGAGCUGCAGGAGGGAGAGGGGCUCUUCAAGCCGGGGGACGACGAUGACAGCAUCUACGUGGUGCAGGAUGGAAGACUAGAGCUCUGCAUCCAUGAAAAUGAUGGCACAGAUCCUGUAGUGAAGGAGGUACUGCCCGGAGACAGCGUUCACAGCCUGCUCAGCAUUCUAGACAUCAUCACAGGUUAUCCCGCUCCGUACAAGACUGUGGCUGCUCGAGCAGCGGUGCGUUCCACCAUCCUGCGCCUGCCAGCCUCGGCCUUCCAGUCAGUGUUCGAGAAAUACCCAGAAACAUUAGUGAGAGUCAUACAGAUUAUAAUGGUGCGGCUACAGAGGGUGACCUUCCUCGCUUUGCAUAACUACCUGGGACUGACAACUGAACUGUUCAAUCCAGAAAGGCAGGCAGUGCCGCUGACCGCAGUCAACAGUGUGAUUGCCGAGGGAAGCCCUAUCCGUGUCCCUCGCAGGCCCCACUUUCACACCCCUUUAGAUGAAGAGCACAGCCAGGCACCUGUAGAGUCUACAGACUCAGAGGGAGGAAAAACGAGUUCCUCUGAGAUUUUGUCAACAGCUAUUAGGAAACCCCGAUCUGUCUCAGCACCAGUCGACAGCGCAGGGAUGACAGGUAAUGACCUGAGCAUGGCAUACGAGCGAGCCCGAGUGACCAUGGAGGAGCCUCCGUCCAGCUCAGUUCACAAGUCUAUUUUAAAAAAGACCGUAACUAUGCAGCAAGUUCCGUCUACAGUGUAUCACUACACAGACAGCGUGGGGCGCUCUGAUGUUCACCCCAGUAAAGUCGGUGCCAUCUUUCAGGCCGCUAAAAAAGACCUGCUGGGGAUUAUUCAGCUGCAGGACCCCAGUCUGCUGGAGGGUAGAGUGACUCUGCACCAGGUGAAGGCUGGAUCUGUAGUGGCACGUCAAGGAGACCAGGACGUGAGUGUGCAGUUUGUCAUUUUGGGACUGUUGCACGUGUACCAGCGAAUGAUCGACCGUGAAGAGGAGACCUGUCUGUUUGUGGCUCAUCCCGGAGAGUUGGUCGGUCAGCUGGCUGUGCUAACGGGGGAACCGCUCAUCUUUAGCGUGCGCGCCCACCGUGACUGCACCUUCCUUUCCAUUUCCAAAACCCACUUUUAUGAGAUCAUGCGUGCAGAGCCCACGGUCGUGCUGAAUAUAGCUCACACGGUCGUGCGCAGGAUGUCCUCAUUUGUCAGGCAGAUCGACUUUGCCCUCGACUGGAUGGCUGUGGAGGCUGGCCGUGCAGUUUACAGACAAGGCGACAAGUCCGACUGUACGUUCAUUGUGCUGAGUGGACGUUUACGUUCGGUCAUUUUGAAGGAGGAUGGAAAGAAGGAGCUGACAGGAGAGUAUGGCAGAGGAGAUCUCAUCGGUGUGGUUGAGGCUUUGACUCAUCAGAACAGAGCCACUACAGUGCACGCGGUACGAGACUCUGAACUCGCUAAGCUGCCUGAAGGAGCGCUCAGUUCCAUCAAGAGAAAAUUCCCUCAGGUGGUCACACGACUGAUUCACCUGCUUGGGCAGAAGAUCCUUCAGCAGGUUAAUGGGCCUCUGACAGCUCGUAAUCUGGCUCUGCACACUCCUGGCAGUAAAUGGGACGCUGGUAAUCCUGCCUCCAACCUGUCCACCGUGGCCGUGCUGCCUGUGUCAGAGGAGGUUCCACUGACCGCAUUCACCCUGGAGCUGCAGCACGCCCUCAUUGCCAUCGGUCCCACUCUCCUCCUGACCAGUGAUAUCAUCAAACAGAGGUUGGGAUCUGCAGCACUGGACAGUGUGCAUGAAUACAGGUUGUCGAGUUGGCUUGGCCAGCAGGAAGAUAUUCACCGUAUCGUCCUAUACCAGACCGACGGCUCUCUCACACCUUGGACCCAGCGCUGCAUCCGCCAGGCUGAUUGCAUCAUCAUUGUAGGACUGGGGGAGCAAGAUCCUGCUGUCGGGGAGCUGGAGCGAAUGCUGGAGGGCAGUGCUGUCAGGGCUCAGAAACAGUUGGUGUUGCUGCACCGUGAGGACGGACCUCCGCCCACAGGAACUGCAGAGUGGCUUAACAUGCGCAGCUGGAUCUCCAGACACCUGCACCUGUCCUGCCCCCGUCGGGUUUUCUCCAAGCGGAGCCUGCCCAAACUGAGAGAGAUGUACCAGCGAGUGUUCCAAAAGCCUGCAGAUCGGCACUCGGACUUCUCCCGCCUGGCACGAGUCCUGACUGGCAACGCCAUCGCUUUGGUACUGGGUGGAGGAGGGGCCAGGGGCUGUUCUCAGGUGGGCGUACUGCGAGCGUUCAGUGAAGCCGGGAUCCCUGUGGACCUGGUGGGAGGCACCUCCAUUGGUGCGAUGAUGGGAGCUCUGUAUGCCGAGGAGCACAGCUACAGCAGAAUGAGGAUUCGGGCCCGAGAGUGGGCCAUGGAGAUGACCUCGGUGUUUAAGAAGAUUCUGGAUCUGACCUACCCCAUCACCUCCAUGUUCUCAGGCGCGGCCUUCAAUUCCAGCAUCAAUGCUGUCUUCAAGAAUAAACAGAUUGAGGAUCUCUGGAUUCCUUAUUUCAACAUCACCACUGACAUCACUGCUUCCACCAUGAGAGUUCACACUGAUGGCUCUUUGUGGAGGUACGUUCGUGCUAGCAUGUCCCUGUCCGGUUAUCUCCCCCCUCUGUGCGACCCCAAAGAUGGACACCUGCUCAUGGAUGGAGGCUACAUCAACAACCUACCAGCCGAUGUCGCACGCUCCAUGGGAGCUAAGGUGGUGAUAGCCAUCGAUGUGGGCAGCCAGGACGAAACCAAUCUCACCAACUACGGAGAUGCCCUGUCUGGUUGGUGGCUGCUAUGGAAACGACUCAACCCUUUGGCAGAGAAAGUCAAAGUGUUGAACAUGGCUGAGAUCCAGACCCGAUUGGCGUACGUGUGCUGCGUAAGACAGCUGGAAUCAGUCAAGAACAGCAAUUACUGUGAAUACAUCAGACCUCCCAUCAACCGAUACCGCACUUUGGAGUUCAGCAAGUUUGAUGAGAUUGCUGAGGUGGGCUACCAGCAUGGGAAGACCGUGUUUGACGUGUGGUGCAGGAGUGGGGUGGUGGAAAAGAUGCUGAAGGACAGACGUCAGGAGGAGUUUCACAACACCCACAGCAACAAUAUGGUGACCUGUCCCAAUGCCUCUUUUACUGACCUGGCAGAGAUUGUCUCCCGUAUUGAACCUGUCAAACAAGCUCUCAUGGAUGAGGAGUCGGACUAUCACACGGAUUAUGAGGAGGAGCUGGUGGGAAGUGCUCUGUCGGAUAUGGAGUUUCCCAGUCACUACAGUGAGCACACAGAGGAGGACCUCACCGCUGAUACUGAUGAAGAGCCGGAGAGAGUUCGAAACUGUCAGUAUAAUUUAGAAGAUUUGGGUCCUGAAUCUUCCUCUCAGGCACCACACAGUCCUACACAGACUUACUCUCCAAACGUAAGAGCCAGAAAGGUGCGUGGGCAGUGACCAGCCUGCUUUGAACUGUGAGAUUUAACCUGACCUCAGGCAAGAAAUGGACCAUUACUGACCUUCUGUAAUGCACCUGUUAUUAGAAGAGCUGCUUUUCUGUCCAGUCACAGGGGCUCUUCUGGCGGACAAAUCAGUGUUCGGCAGCCUUUACUCAAUCUGGAUUUGAUUAUUAACUGUGGUUUUGUUAAGUCUGCACUGACAGACAGACAUGGACGUGUUUCAGAUUCCAUUUGGGAACAACAUUUGCUUUUUCCAGUCUAGGUGAUGCUCUUGAAAGGUUUAAUGUGAAUGUCAAUUCUCUGGAUUGUAAACACGUCACUGCCUUAAAGCACUAAUGAGAGACUGAAUUUAGCCCCCCCAUUUCCUGGUCCCCUGACCAAUAUAUGUUUGACAUUUUAGCAAGAUUAGUCAAUUAGUCUCUCAGCACUGUGUAAUGGUGUAACAGUGCCGAGCCGUUUAUUUAUGAGCAUCAGCACCAAGUACUCGUACAACAGAUGGCUGGUUUAAGAGGCAAGACUUUGUUUUGCCUGCCAUUUUAGUAUAAAUAUUCAACUAAGAAUACUCAGAUACAGUCAGGGUCACUCACCAAGCAGGUACACCUAUCUUUUAAAAAAUAAUAAUUUUCUGUUUUAUUUCUGCAUUUUCUCCCAAUUUAAUGUAGUAAAUUUGUCUUCCACUGCUGGGGGAUCCCUGAUUGCAGUCGAGGUGGGUUUAUUGCUGCUCACGCCUCCUCCGACCCGCACACAGCCCUUAGCGGAACCCUUUUUCACCUGCGCCUCUCUGUCUGCCAAUCAGGGACCUUACACUGCAUUAGAAGUCCCCACCCACAUGGUCUGGUCAUCCCCCCCUAGCAGAACCAUGUCUGCUGCAGGCACUGCCAGUUAUGCCUGCUAGAUGGCACCCAGCCGACCGGUGGCAACGCAGAGUUUCGAACCAAGGAGCCUGGGCACACAGGCAUUGAUUAUUGAUUAUUAAGCUUUACCUAUUAUACAGAUGAUCUUUGUGGAAAUGAGUAUUGGCUGAUAAUGAGCGUACGUACCAGAUAGGUGUACCUAAUAAAGUGCUCGGUGAGUGUACGUCAUGGCAAUCGUGGGAUUAUGGUGAUUUUUGCAACUGAUUUAGGCAAAAACACGUCUUUGUCCAAUAAAGUCAACAAAACCUUUGCUAGGUCAUAAUGCAAAUAAGGGGUAGUGGCCUAGCGUGAUAGAUCUCUGUGCCUCUGCAGCGCCCCCCAUAUUAUAUAAAAAUGCAAAACUUAACAGCAUUCCAGACAUUCACUCACUCCACGUGUAUGACAGAUGUUUGUUGUCACCUGUGCAGCCAAUAUGCAUUUCAGAGCACAAACACACAGUUUACAGCUGCUGGUUGGUUAACCAGUUUAUAUCUGCGUUCAAAUGAAGACUGAUUUCAUCUCAACCGACUGCAGCUUGUUGAAUGUCGGAUUGAAUCUGAUUAUUAAGUGAAGGAUUAUUUGCCUGCAUAUACAAAUGCAAGCAAGUCGAUCAAUGCAAUUUUUUUAUAUAUAUUUGUGUAAAUGUUUGUGGUGGAUUUAUGUGAUUCCUGUGAGCCGUGGUGCCUUAAUUCAUCUUUUUCCCUUGGUGCACAAGCCUAAUACUGGUCAUGUCUGUCUGUAUAUAUAUUUCCCUUCUGGGAGUUUAGUACCAAUAUCAGGUGUUACACAGCAAUUUGUACUGGGUAGCAAAACUUAAAUUAAAUACUUACGCCACUUUGUAGUGUGAAGAUUUUGUAGAAGUGAGAGGAGUGUAAAGAGUCACUUGGCCCAUUUCUAGAGUUUAAGGGAUUAGAAAUGUUAGUGAAACAUCCCAGUUAGCACAUACCAUAUAAUAUAAGCACAGGAAGUGUAUAAUUGGAGGAAAUGAGUUCAGGUUCAAUUUGUUGUGUUUUUGCAAACAAGCUUGGUGUUAUCAGGUAAGUUGAGUGUCUGUACCACACGAUGAAGGAGUACUUUAGUUCCCUCCCACCUCACCAAAACAUUUAACAGGUAAAAAUGGGGGAAAAAAACAAGUUAUCAUGAGUUAUUUUAACCAGAAUAAUAAUAUUUGGUUAAAGCAUGGUUUUUUAAAUCUAUACUUAAAAAAAACACCAGUUCAUGUACCAUUAAGGGGGUGCACCAAGGGGUUAAUAUAAAAGCACUGAAAUUACAAUUCCUUAGUAUUUCUACCAAUUAAUGUAAACAUUCUAACAGUCUGAUGUAUGUCAUGUUUGUUUUGUAUUUGUUGGUAAAUGUAUUCUAUUCUGUUGUGUUCUAUUCUGUUCUAUUGCAUUUCCCCCCAAUUUCCUUCCCAGUCGACACGUGUGCAGUACUGACGGCUUCUUUCUGCACCAGGCUGGUUUAUAUAGAGACUCAUAUCAUGCACUGAGAGUUACGCACUGAUCUCCAUUAUCCUCCAUCUCUGUGCAGUGCCACUGAUUAGCCAGCAACUGGACGUAAAUGCAGCAGUCAUGAGGAAUCCUCAUUGUCCUUCUACACUCGGACGAGCCAAUCAUUGUCCAUGUAGGCGCCUGGCCAGAUGUUAGCCGAGCUUAGCACUACUUGCGGUCACAUCCCUCCAUGUCCCUGUAGAUUCUCGACUCUUUUUGAAAAUACAAGUCUUCCAGCGGCUCUGUUGUGCAGAGUAGGUUGGUCACCAAGUAACCACUGAUUGUUCGUGUGCAGAUUCUUUACAUUUCACGUUCACACGAUGGACAAACAGCCGUUUUUGAUUACCAGAGCAGUGAUCUGUCUUUUGUUAUCUGUAUGUAAGACACUAAUUUACUAAUAAAAAACUUUCAAUAUUUA